AUGCGGAAAUCCGAAGCAGAGGUCAAUACUUUGAAGGAAUAUAGUACAGUUUUACUUCAUGUCUCCGGUAUACCACAAUAUAAGAAAAACUUUACACAAGUGUUAAGCAUAAAGAGAUGGGUCAGGCAAAAGAAUCAGGAGUUCUGGCCUCCAGAACAAAGACCACAAGGUAGAGACAUGGAGGAACAAAUGAACAAACCUAUUGAUGCACAGAUCUGUGGUCAGUCACAUUUCAACCCAACACCAAACGUUGCAUCUUCGUAUAUCGUUGGAGGUCAAAAUGCAAAUUCUGGUGAUUUUCCUUGGCAAGUUGGAAUAGUAGAAAAUGGGUAUCUCAUUUGUGGAGGUACCUAUGUGCUUGGUGGUAGAGGUGAAGUGGUGGUUGUCACAGCAGCUCAUUGUGUCGAAAAUCGGGUGAAUCGUUAUUCUGUGGUAUUCGGAAUGCAUAAAACCACUGAGCCGGGAAGCCGACAGAUUUUUCAAGCUUCAGACAUAAUCUCACAUAGGAGAUAUAACAGUCGAACAAUGGCAAAUGAUAUCGCAAUCAUUAAGUUCAAUAACGUGUUCCCUACUGAUCUGAGUGGAACAUUCGCUUCGCCUGCCUGCCUUGCUAGCAGAGACUAUCGAGACAAUGAAGAUGCUGUAGUAUCAGGGUGGGGAACCACAAGUGAAGGCGGUGAUAGCUCAUCAACUCUUAAAUAUGUUUGGAAGCCAAUUCUAAACUAUGAUUUCUGCGACACACAAACUGGUAAUGCAGGUCAAAUAGAUGGUACAAUGUUGUGUGCGGGAAAUACAGGAAAGGAUGCUUGUCAGGGUGAUUCCGGUGGUCCAUUGGUUGCUUACAGAGAGGGCAGAUGGGAACUUGUUGGUGUGGUGAGUUGGGGAUUUGGAUGUGGUCAAGCCAACUAUCCUGGCGUGUACGCUGAUGUCUACUAUUUUCUGAACUGGAUUUACAACUGUGGCCUGUCAACUUUCAGUCCUACACCAAAAGUUGCAACUUCAUACAUCGUUGGUGGUCAAAAUGCAGAUUCCGGUGAUUUUCCUUGGCAGGUUGGAAUAGUAGACAGUGGAUAUCUCAUUUGUGGAGGUACAUAUGUACUUGGUAGUAAAGGUGACGUGGUAGUUGUCACAGCAGCUCAUUGUGUAACGGGCGGAUCGUAUUCUGUGGUAUUUGGGAUGCAUCGGACAACUACGUCAACAGGAAGACUGGUCAUUCCAGCUUCGAGAGUAAUUUCACAUGAAUUUUACGACGAUAUAAAAAUGACGAAUGAUAUCGCAAUCAUUAAGUUUAAUAACCUGUAUCCUGCUGAUCUGAGUGGUACAUUCGCUUCGCCUGCCUGCCUUGCCAGCAGAGACUACGGUGACAAUGAAGAUGCCGUGGUAUCAGGGUGGGGAACCACAAGCGAAGGCGGUUCAAGCUCAUCUACUCUUAAAUAUGUUUGGAAGCCGAUUCUUAACUAUAAUAUCUGUAACACACAAACUGGUAAUGCAGGCGAUUUAGAUCAAACAAUGUUGUGUGCUGGUAAUGCAGGGAAGGAUGCAUGUCAGGGUGAUUCCGGUGGUCCGUUGGUUGCUUACAGAGAUGGUUUUUGGGAACUUGUUGGUGUGGUGAGUUGGGGAUACGGAUGUGGUCGAGAUAACUAUCCUGGCGUGUACGCUGAUGCGUUCUAUUUGCGGGACUGGAUUCACGCAAAUUUCUAA